UCUUUUUCAUAUCAUGCUCCAAUGAUAGAUGUGAGUUCACACAGAAGUCCAUAAACCCUCCUGAUUUUUCAGAGGCAUUAAAUGUAUAUAGUUACCAAUCAAAUCCUUUAAUAUUGUUCCCAUACUACAAAAGCUGCGAAAUCAUCUGUCUAGUGUUGCAGAACUCAUUUAUUGUGUUAGAUAACAAACAAACAUCCCUGAACACGCAGGACUGAGUGGCAAGUGGAGCUAAGAUUUUUCUAGUAUUGUUUUUGUCAAAAAAUAUCCUUUUGUGAGAAUAAAAAUCCCUCAAAUUUACUUCAGCAAAAGCACAUUUUUCCUGAGUAGUGUUUUGGAAUUUGGUCCUUGUGGCUAUAUUGUGUAUUCCUUACAUUGAGAUAUUAAUAAUAAGAUGAAGUAAACAUGUAAUAAGGUAAAAGUGUAGUUCCCUUCCUGAUCUCUUCACUGUGUAGUGUGAGGAAAUCCUAACUUCAUUGAGAAAGACAAUAGUGUUAUAGCAGCAGGACGAAUCUCUUGGUGCAAUGGAAGGCUGUUUUCAAAGCACUUUAAAGCACAUCAUAGUUGAUGCCUGAGGUUUUGUGCAUAAGAUUUAUAAGGAGCACUAGGGAGCCAGUGAGAAACUUGUGGGUCCAUUCUGCAAGGCAGGAGGUCUCCCUGUCCCCAUAUACAGCUGAGCCCCUUGGGAGGGGUGGCUUACAGGCAGGGCAGUUGCUCUGGCUGCCCACAGCUAGGCUGGCUCACAGCUUGAGUAUCGCUUUUCCUAAUCAGCGUUUCCCUUGCGUAACAGUUAUACUUAACAGAGUAUAUAAGGCAACACACUGAGGAGGUAAAUAUGUGACUAGCUUGCAAAAUGGCAACGGGAAAGGACACAUCGCUGCUGUUCUUGAUUCUCACCGUCGGGGUCACAGCACUUAGAGCUACUGGACAAAAAGCAGAGCAACCAGAAGUGGUGACCAAAUAUGGGAGAGUCCAAGGGUACCAGUUCAAAGUAGAUGCAGCUGAGAGGAGUGUAAAUGUCUUCUUGGGACUUCCUUUUGCUAAGCCUCCAGUUGGACCACUGAGGUUUUCUGAACCCCAGCCACCUGAGCCAUGGAAAGGUGUCAGAGAUGCCACUUCCUACCCACCAAUGUGUCUACAGGAUAAAGUACAAGGACAGGUUUUUUCGGACUUUAUUACUAAUAGAAAAGAAAAAGUUCUUCUCCAAGUGUCUGAAAAUUGCUUAUACCUAAAUGUGUAUACACCCGUUUCUACAGAAAAACAGGAGAAGCUGCCUGUCUUUGUAUGGAUCCAUGGAGGUGGGUUAGUUUUUGGAGCAGCUUCAUCAUAUGAUGGUUCAGCAUUAGCGGCCUUUGACAAUGUGGUGGUUGUAACAAUUCAGUACAGAUUAGGUAUUGUUGGAUAUUUUAGCACUGGUGAUAAGCAUGCCCGAGGUAACUGGGGGUAUUUAGAUCAAGUAGCAGCCCUUCAGUGGAUUCAGGAAAACAUCAUACAUUUUGGAGGAGAUCCAGGAUCCGUCACUAUCGCUGGAGAAUCUGCAGGAGGACUCAGUGUUUCUGCUCUUGUCUUGUCUCCCCUGGCGAAGGGCUUGUUCCAUAAGGCCAUUUCAGAGAGUGGUACUGCAGUCAGGAUUUUGUUCACUGACCAGCCUGAGGAGGAAGCACAAAGAAUUGCUACUGCCUCUGGCUGUGAGAAAGCCAGUUCAGCUGCAAUAGUUGAAUGCUUAAGAGAAAAAACAGAAGAAGAGAUAGUACAGAUAACACAAAAAAUGGAUUUGAUGACACUGCAGCUAUGCUAUACUUCACCUGAAGAAUGUGAACAGCCUUCCCUGUUAAUCAGUGCAUCUGCAGAUGGUGUAUUUUUUCCGAAGAGUCCCAGGCAAUUACUAUCUGAAAAAGUGAUCAAUGCAGUCCCAUAUAUAAUAGGAGUAAAUAACUGUGAAUUUGGAUGGGUACUUCCUACGACAAUGAAAGUUCCUGCUUACACAGAUGGUCUGGAUGAAGAUGUUGCACGUCAAGUUUUACAGAGCUCCCUAGCAUUAUCACUUAAGGGUGUUACUUCUGAAGUUGUCAAUCGAGUAUACAAUGAAUACAUAGGGAAUGCAGAAAACCGUGCUCAGGUGCGAGAUGGCCUUCUCGAUGCAAUAGGAGACCCUUUGUUUGUUCUUUCAGCCAUUGAAGUGGCAAGAUACCAUAGAGAUGCUGGCAACCCAGUCUACUUUUAUGAAUUUCAACAUCGGCCAAGUUCAGCGGCAGGUGUUGUGCCAGAGUUUGUAAAAGCAGAUCAUGGAGAUGAGAUUGCCUUUGUCUUUGGAAAGCCAUUCUUAGCUGGAUAUGCUACAGAAGAAGAAAAUAAACUUAGCAGAACUGUUAUGAGAUACUGGACUAACUUUGCUAGAAAUGGAAAUCCCAACGGAGAAGGCUUGGUCCAUUGGCCUCAGUAUGAUCUGGAUGAAAGAUACCUGGAAAUAGACCUAAUGCAAAAGGCAUCAAAGAAAUUGAAAGAACGCAAAAUGGAGUUUUGGACACAGCUCACAAAACAAAUGAUGAAUGAAAGGAGAGAACACACAGAUUUAUGAGAGUUGUGGAGGGUACAGUUUGCUUUUAAAAUCUGAGGUCAAACAAAAUUAGUUUGUCAGGAUGCAGAAUUCAAUAAUAAUCACCUUCUAACUCACUAUUGUGUAACCUGCUGUCAUGAUCACAGUGAAAGGAGAGAAUCAAGGGAAAUUUGGAAUGUUUGUGGGACUAAAAAUCACUAUUUAACGAAGCAAGCAGAAAAAAACCACAAUCUUUCAGGCUUGAAAAGACCAUGGUGUCUACUCAGUGGAUAGCAAAACUGAAUACUGCUCCUGUGAGAAGGGGGAGUGAGGGGGAAAUUGUCAAAUAUAUUGAAAUCUGUAAGAAAUUAUCUAUACAGAAUAUAUCAUAAGUGUCAGACUAUGUUAUAUGCUUAUUCCCCUCUUCUUUCAGAAGAGAAUGGUCAGUUGUCAUUCUUACAGCCUCUUUCCACUUUCUUUAAUUGGAAAUAGCUUGUAGGGAGCAGAGCAUUCAUCAAAAAACAUCUGUGAGAUGGGCUUGACAUCUCACAAAUGAGAACGGAAAAUCUCUACUUGUUUUCUUGUUUUGUAAACUGUUAUAAGUAAAUGUUGCUUUUGA